UGAAGACUUUGAUUCCAUUUAGAAUUCUUCAUCCUUCAAAAUUUUUAAUCGUUCUUAUCUCUUUGAUCUUCUUCCUUAUCUCACGCAACUGUUUUAUCCUUUUUGCCAUUUUUUCUGGUGGAGCUAUUUUGUUAACUACUUAUUAGGGAACAAGAAUCAUAUAAAUAAAAUCAUUGAUGGAAGAGAACUUGUUGACACCCAUCCUCACUUGAGGAAUCUAUUACGUCAAAUCAUGGACCUUCUAGCGCCAUUGAGAGCAUGCAAGAAAUUGAUCUUUUACCAGUGCCUACCUGAUGCUGCAACACUAGUCACUGGCACCAUCAUUUGUCCCAUAGGUGACAAAAAGGUUAAGCUUUGCUUGAAAGAAAACAACAAGACCGAAGAACCCUCAGUCUUCGUUGAACUUCCCCUUAGCACGUCAGAAUUCACCAGUUCAAUCGAUAGCAGCGUUCUCCGCAUAGUCCUGGAUCCUGUCCCAGAUUCAGGCAUCACACAAAGAUGGCAGACGUAUUGCAAUGGACAAAAGGUAGGGUUUGCCAGGAGGCUAGUAGUUGGGAAGGAGGAGAAAUGGGUGCUUGAAACAAUGCAGAUGGUCUCAUCCGGAGCCGGGUUUUUGCUGCAGAAAGGUCCAGAUGCCGGCAGUUUCAAGUACUUAAGAGGCCAGUUCGAGCGUAUAGUGGGUUCAGAUGAUUCAGAGGCUUACCAUUUGGUAGAUCCUUCGUAUUGGUUCGGACAAGAUUUGAGUGUUUUCUUUCUUCAGUAA